GGCUUUUAAUAUGUUUUCAUUUUAUUUCAUGAAAAUGUGUGUACAUUUUUUAACUUUACAAAGUCGGAUAUAUAAGCUACCUAAAUUUUUAUUCGCAAAAUAAUCUGCUCCAAGAAAUGUCUUGACGAUGGUCCGUUCUUCAAUUUGUGCAGCUACAACAGAUAUGUUUGUUAUUGUUGUGACAGGUUAUCAAGUGCUCUGUGCAGCGAAGCAAUUUUAGCACCUAAAAUUUACCUGAAACCAUUGGACAGAAUGGCGGAUACUCAUCUAUUUGAAAUAGAUGGCAGUGUCUUGGAAGGAGGAGGACAGAUCCUACGGAUGGCAUUGUGCUUUAGCGUGCUUACCAAGACGCCGGUACGCAUCCGUAACAUCCGCCAAGGGCGCAAGAAACCGGGACUGGCAGCGCAACAUCUAGCUGGGGUAGAGCUGAUGCGAGAUAUUUGUCAAGGCAGGCUAUACAAAGCGUGUCUCGGAUCGACCGAGAUUGAAUUUUACCCUGGACAUAUUGAGCACGGGAGAUUCGUCGGUCACAUUCAAACUGCAGGAAGCAUCACCUUGCUCCUUCAAGCGACACUACCCGUUGCUAUCUUCAGCUCCGGUCCAGUCACGCUAGAGUUGCGUGGAGGUACAAACACGGAUCUAGCUCCGCAGGUGGAUUUCUUGACGGAAAUAUUUCGGCCCAAUAUGGAACGAUUCGGUGCCAGCUUCGAUUUCGAUUUGAUUCGACGGGGCUAUUUUCCGAAAGGCGGUGGACAAUGUGUGAUAGAAGUAAGACCAGUACAAUCAUUAAGGCCCGUCACCAUGGUUGAUGUGGGCUCUGUUACCAGGCUCUUUGGAUGGAGCUAUGUCGCCGGUGUGCUUCCGUUGAAGAUUGCACACGAAAUGUCUAGCGGUGCUAAAUCGAUCCUCAAAGAAAUUGCCAACAGUAGGGCAGAUAUAGAAGUGUACAAAGAAAGUAUGGACAUGGCACCGGAAGGCAAUUGCUCCGGUAUCAUUAUUGGCUGUGAAACGAGCACUGGAGCCAUUCUUGGCGGUUCGGCACUUGGAGAAGCCAGGAAAAAAAGUUUCCAAAGCGGGGAGGAAGCAGCUCACGAGAUCCAAAGCGCCAUCUCCGUUGGUGCCUGUGUAGAUCGACACGUGCAAGAUAUGAUGAUCAUUUUGAUGGCAUUGGCGGAUGGGACGAGUCGCAUCCGGACGGAACCGUUGACCAUGCAUACCAAAACGGCAAUCUAUGUGACGGAGUUGAUGACAAAGGCCAAAUUUAACAUCAUUGAAGGAAAUGGCAGUGCUAUCAUCGAAUGUGUUGGCAUUGGACUGCGUAAUAUAAAUCUUCCAAAAAAUACCACUUCAUACUGAGGAUUGGAGCGCAUUGGAGUGAAUUCAUAGGUAAGAAUAUGUUAAUAAUUAAAGGGGCUUCAUAAUAGUUUUAUAUCGAUGGUAGUCACGCUAGGAGAAAGCUUGAGCAUCGCGGCUAACGUGCAGGGGUAGGAUUGUUUCUUUCAUUGAUAAAAUUAAGCAUCUUUGGAAUAAAUAUUAUGGGAUGGACAAUUAUAAUAAAUAUAGCCCUUCACGAUCAGUCCUGUUUCUUUUAACUUGUGCAUAUUUUUAUAUUUAAAAAAACACGUUUUUUCGUGUUUUUUUUUGUUUAAAAAAGGAUAUUUUCAAUUUAAUCCUCUUGAGUAAUUUCGAAACGAAGUAGAUAAUUUAAAAAGAAAAUAAAUAAAACAAAGCUUUUAAUGACAUCGAAAAGAAAGAAGUGAGAUUUCACUCCUAAAUGUAUUAAAUCGCUUUAAAAAAAAUCAUCAUUUUUUAUCAAAAUUUUCAGGUUAAAAAUGUAUUUACUUCGCAUUACAUAAAUAACAAUCAUCUACUUGCAAUAAUAGAAAAUACCUUUCACUUAAGACAGAACGACACGUAUGCUAUUGAAUAAAUAAUGUAUUCAUUGGAAUAUACUCACUAUUUAUUUAAUCACUGUUAUCUUUGUAUGAACUGAUGUGAACUUUAAAAUUUAUCACGUUUAUCUUAAUUAAGCUCGAAAGUGUAUCCAAUAAUGCAUGAGUCAUGGUGUAUUAACUUUAACUAAACUCGUCCACGGUCACGUCCAUCAACCAUGGGCGUG